AUGUUUUACGGGAAUUUAGCCGAGAAAGAAUCUCCCAUAUGUAUCCCAGACGCGGAAGAAGAAAGCUUCGAAGAGUUUCUGCGAUUUCUGUACACUGACGCUUGUAAAAUAACUGCUGAGAACGCGAUAGUUGUCAUACAUUUGGCUAAGAAGUAUCUCGUUUCGUCUUUGGCGGAGAAGUGUCGCGAGAUUCUAGAGGCAAGCAUCAAGCCUGAUAAUGCCUUCGCGGUGUUGAAGCAAGCGGUGCAAUUUGAUGAAAAAGAGUUAGAAGAAAUGUGCUGGAAUAUUGUUUCGGAGAAACCUCUGGAAUGCAUCAACUCGGAAGCGUUUUGUAGUAUCGGAUCAUCUACGCUCAAUGCUUUUCUAAAGAAAGAGACGUUCUCGAUAACAGAAAUGGAAUUGUUCAAAGCAAUAUUGAAAUGGACCGAUAAGGAAUGUGAAAGACAGGGUUUAAAUAUCGAACAUGAUAAAACGGCAAGAAGACGCAUCCUAGGAGAUAGUGUUUAUGAAAUUCCUUUCCUUGCAAUGCCUCUGGAAAACUUUGUAAAAUAUGUUUCCCCCACUGGAAUACUUACAGACACAGAAAUUGUGUCCAUUUUGCAAAAGCUUUGCAAAUUAGACGUGGCAGGCUUGAAAUGGAAAGAACAUAAAAAGAGGCAACCAUGUAUAUCCCUAAUCAGUUUCAGCAGAUUUGACUCUGCCGAUGUUGCAGGCAGCGGUUGGAGUUACCACGGAGAAUCCGAUGGUCUUACCCUGGUUGAGUCAAUAAAGCUGUUCUCUUUCACGGUGUUCGCUUGUUUGGUUUCAAUGGCGGCCAAUACAAAGUCAAAUUUACAAUCAAGGAUAAGAAUGUAACAGGGACCUACACUUCAGAACAAGACAGUGACGGCGUGCCGGGUUAUGACGUCAUGUUACCCAAUCCAAUUCCUCUACUGCCAAAUAAAGAGAUCACAAUAAUUGCGACAAUAAUAGGACCAAAUUCUUACAGUGGUACCAAUGGAAAAUCAUCAGUGAAAAUCGAUGACAUUGUUAUAACUUUUAAAAUCGCACCUUCUGGCUUAAGUUCCAAUAGCACGGGCAAAUCCUCUGGUCAGUUUUACAAAAUUUUUCUUUCUAAGCUGAAAUUUUGA